UUUGCUCAGAUCUGCAUCAGCUUCUGACAUUAAACCAGUCUCGCUCUACAUAAUUAAGUCCCACAAUAAUCUAAAUAUACAAUGGAACGGGUCUUAAAAUUUCUAACCCGCCGUGGCAAUGUGUUCACAAUUUUGACACUUAUCGGCGUCGCUGUAGGUCUCGGUUUGGGAAUCGGGCUGCGAAAUUCCAACGGGGAAGCAUGGACCAAGCGGGACGCUAUGUACCUUCGUCUCCCGGGUGACCUAUUUCUCCGCUGUUUGAGCGGAAUAAUGCUGCCCCUCAUCAUUUCCUCCCUCGUCUCUGCGACGGGAUCGCUGGAUUUAAGCGUGAGCAAAAAGAUAGGGUCCCGUGCCCUGGUCUAUUAUCUGUCCACGUCGGCCAUUGCGGCAAUUCUGGGCAGUGCCAUGGUGCACUUCAUAAGCCCAGGGACAAGGUCGGAUGAUCAAAAUUCAGAAGAUUGUGGGGGCGAGGGUGGGAGUACAAUUGACACGAUUUUGGACUUGCUCAGGAACGUUUUUCCACCCAACAUUAUUGCAGCUACGCAUCAAAAUACGAGGACGGAAGUCACCCAAAACGCCAGCAUACCAUUUGAGGACCGAGACGUCAACGUGAGAACGGUGGAAGGCACCAACAUGUUGGGAUUAAUAGUGUUCUCCUUAGUGCUUGGGAUAACCCUGGCAGAAUUGAAGGAGGUCGGGGCCCCACUUCUCGCAGUUUUCUCCGCCACAGGAAGUGCCAUGCUUAGGAUUACGACUCUCAUAAUAUGGGCGGGGCCAUUGGCAGUCUGUUUUCUAAUCUCGGGCUCCUUGGUGGAGCAAGGUGAAGUUUCCGAGGUUUUUAGCAAUUUAAGCUGGUACACCGGAGUGAUGGUGGGGGCAUAUUUAUUACAUGGGUUUGUCGUCCUCCCAAUCCUAUUCUUCCUUUUGACACGGACCCUGCCAUUCCAGUUUAUCAGGAACAUCUCUCAAGCAAUUUUCACCGCUUUUGGGACUGCAUCAAGCUCUGCCACGCUUCCAAUUACGCUCAAAUGUUUGGAGGAAAACCACAAGAUGGAUACCAGGCUUACCCGCUUUCUCAUCCCGAUUGGAGCGACGGUCAACAUGGACGGCGCGGCAAUUGGGGUUCCUCUCCGCGUCAUUUAUAUAGCACAAUUAUGUGGACGAUCCCUCAGUUUUGGAGAAUUGGUUUCCAUUACGUUGACCUCUCUCGCCGCUAGUGUUGGAUUGGCCGGAAUUCCUGGGGUCGCUAUGGUGGUUACCAUGACAAUUUUGGGUUCGAUGGGCCUGCCCGUGAGUAAAAUUGCCUUUGUCCUUCCUGUCGAUUGGCUACAAGACAGAGUGGGAACAGUGGUUAAUGUUGUUGGCGACGCAUUUGGAGCAGGAAUUAUUGGACAUUUGAGCAAAGCAGACUUGAAGAAGAUUGAUGAUGAUAACCUGACAUCAACGAUAGUUGAGGAUCAAAAGGAAGUUGAGGAAAAAAGUCCUUCAGCUGAAUUAGUUAAUUAAAUGGACGCAGCCUGCUGAGAUAAAAUAUUUUUAAUAUGUUAUACUUAAGAAUUGGUGCCGAAAAAUCAUUAUAAAUUACUAAUUGAGAAUAAACCUUUAAAUACAUACAUAUAAUCG